AUGUCUGGUGUACGAAAACUUCCUUUAAUUUUCUCGAUAUCGUUAGCUAUCAUUGUCUCUGGUGGCAGCAUCACCAAAACUGGCUAUGCUGCUCCUCUUGUUGUUAUCGAUGGUGUCCUUGCAACUAUCAGUUCGGGGCUGUUGUACUCGCUGGACAUCGGUACAAGUACAGAUAAGUGGAUUGGAUACCGAAUCGUCGGCGGAGUUGGAUGGGGAUUGGCCUAUCAGGUUCCCAUCAAUGCGGUGCAUGGUAUAGUGGUUCUCAGUGAUAUUGCAACCGUGACGGGUGUUAUCGUCUUCUUCCAAACUGUCGGAGGUGCGGUUUUCGUAGCUGCAGCACAAGCUGCCUUCGUCAACCAGAUUAUCAUCAAACUUGCCGCAACCACACCGAGCAUUAACUUAGCCUUAGUGGUCUCGACUGGUGCGAGCGAGCUGCGAGACGUCUUGACAGCUGAACAGAUGAAAGCUAUUUUGCCUGCUUACAUGGCAGGUCCUCAAAUAUUGCUGAUCGUUAUUGUGAUCAUCCAAGACCAGAAUGCAAUAACGCAAUCCUAA